AUGCGGAUCAACUCGAAGUCGAUAUCAAACAACUGGUCAUUGGAACGAUAUUCGAUUUUUUGUUGUGAAGCAUUUUGGAAUGAACCGGCAGAUUUGCCAACUGCGCGGUAUGUUAUUGGUCAAAUGACCACAAAUGGAUCAACAACGUUGUAUGUUCUGGCCUCCGACAUACUUCGAAAAACAUGCGAGGAGCCGAAAUCUUCGAAGGAUAUCAAAUUGUGCAUUUGAAAAUGAAUCCGAAUUGUCGACAAUGUUCAGUUGGUGGUUGAUUUGGUUUGACACAAUUUUGGUAUUUCAUUCCUCAACGACUACUUCAAUGGUUUCCGACGUCGUGCUUUGGCCAACAAAACCAAAUCCAACUUUGCCAACGAAUUCAAAGACAUUGAAAACAACGAGAAUCAAUUUGCUGUUUGGAUAA